CUCUCUCUUGUCACUCUACUCCGCUCCAUCUCUCCUUCGUCUCCCGUGUGUCACUCACACUAGGCUACUGCAGAGGCAGAGGCAGAGGCAGAGCAAGAGCAGCAGCAAUGGCGUCGCGAAUGCUCAACGCGUCAACUCUCCAUCUUCUGCGCUCCCUAUGCCUCCUCCUCGCCGCAUCGGCGACGGUCGCCGCGCGCCGCCACAGCCCACCGGCGUCCAGGCCCGGGCAUAGCAUGUACCUGGCGCCGAGCUGCCGGGCGCACACGGCAUCGCUGGCGGACUUCGGCGGCGUGGGCGACGGCACGACGUCCAACACGGCGGCGUUCCGGUCGGCGGUGGACCACCUGUCGCAGUACUCUGGCAAGAGCGGCGGCGGCGGCAUGCUGUACGUGCCGGCGGGGAAGUGGCUGACGGGGCCAUUCAACCUGACCAGCCACUUCACCCUCUUCCUCCACAGCGACGCCGUCAUCCUCGGCUCACAGAACAUAACCGAAUGGCCAAUCAUCGAUCCUUUGCCUUCUUAUGGAAGAGGGAGGGACAAAAUUGGUGGACGGUACGCUAGCCUCAUCGGUGGAUCAAACCUCACCGACGUAGUCAUUACUGGCAGCAACGGGACAAUAGAUGGGCAGGGUGCGAUAUGGUGGUCGAAAUUUCACAAGAACCAGCUCAAGUACACGCGCGGGUACCUCAUCGAGCUCAUGCACUCCGACACCAUCUUCAUCUCCAACAUCACGCUGCUCAACUCGCCGGCGUGGAACAUUCACCCGGUCUAUAGCAGCAACAUCGUGGUGCAAGGCAUCACCAUCCUCGCGCCGACGCAUUCUCCCAACACCGACGGCAUCAACCCUGACUCGUGCUCUCAAGUUCGCAUCGAGGACUGCUACAUCGUGUCGGGCGACGACUGUGUGGCGAUCAAGAGCGGGUGGGACGAGUACGGCAUCGCGUACGGCAUGCCGAGCCAGCACAUCGUGAUCCGGCGCCUGACGUGCGUGUCCCCGACGAGCGCGGUGAUCGCGCUGGGCAGCGAGAUGUCCGGCGGCAUCCAGGACGUGCGCGCGGAGGACAUCACGGCCAUCAACUCCGAGUCCGGCGUGCGCAUCAAGACCGCCGUGGGGCGCGGCGCGUACGUGCGGGACGUGUUCGUGCGCGGGAUGAGCCUGAACACCAUGAAGUGGAUGUUCCGGAUGACGGGCAACUACAAGGACCACCCCGACGGCAAGUACGACCCCAACGCCAUCCCCGUGGUGGAAAACAUCAGCUACCAGGACGUGGUGGCCACCGGCGUGAACAUUGCGGCGCGGCUGGAGGGCAUCCAGGGCGCGCCUUUCAAGGGCAUCUGCAUCGCCAACGUGACGGCGGCGCUGGCCAAGUCCAGGAAGUACCCGUGGACGUGCACCGACGUGGAGGGCGUGUCGGCCAACGUGAGCCCGGCGCCGUGCGAGCCGCUGCGGGGCACGCACAACGGCGCCUGCCCCUUCCCGACCGACACGCUGCCCAUCGACAAGGUCACCGUGCAGCAGUGCGCCUACGACGUCCCCGGCAACACCGGCGGCAGCAACUGAAGUUUCGAGCUCCAUGCUUGCUUUGCCUUGCUGAUACAAGAAACAAGACUAGACCACUAGCCUAAGUAGUAGUAGAGCUUUGCUUACACAUGCUCCUCCAAGUAAUCUGAAACCAAUAACCAUCCCAUCCAUUUGGUGAAGAUGAAGAUGACAAGGGUGGCUACAUCUGAUGCUUUAGUUUUCACAUGUCAAUCUGUCUGCAACUUGCUCAUUGUCACUGAGCUGUUGUUCAGUUUUCUCGUAUAUAAGAUAAUUACCAAAACUGUUUGAAGA